GACAAUAAUAAAAGAGUUGUUUGGAGAGGCAAAGUGGAAUUUAUUCUGACGUGCGUGGGUUAUGCCGUCGGCCUCGGAAAUAUUUGGCGGUUUCCUUAUCUAUGUUAUAAAAAUGGCGGGGGUGCUUUUUUGAUCCCUUACUUUGGAACCCUUGCCUUGGUUGGCAUACCCUUAUUUUUUCUCGAACUUUCGUUCGGCCAGUUUGCAAGUCUAGGUCCAAUUGCCAUUUGGAAAAUAAAUCCGCUCUUCAAGGGACUUGGUUACUCGAUGGUGAUAACAAACGUCAUAAUAACAAGUUACUACAACGUCAUCAUAUCGUGGAUCCUCUACUACGUAUUCGCCUCCCUCAAUUCAGUCCUGCCCUGGACCAGCUGUGGAAAUAUCUGGAACACGAAAUUUUGCGCCACACCUGACAUCUACAGGAAUAUCACUAACGGUAGCGUGAUUGUAAAUGGUUUGAACGUGACAGUCAAUCAGUUGAGGACUCCAAGCGAGGAAUACUUCUAUAGGAAAGUUUUACAGAUGUCCGGAGAGUUUGACAAUGUUGGUCGUUUGGUUUGGCAGCUAGCGAUAUGCUUGCUUCUGUGCUGGUUCAUUGUUUUCCUGGUGCUUAUUAAAGGAAUAUCGUCGCUGGGAAAGGUCGUCUACGUCACUUCAAUCUUCCCCUACAUCCUCCUAACCAUCAUGUUAAUAAGGGGCGUGACCUUGGAAGGGGCGAGGGAGGGGCUCAUAUUCUAUCUGAAACCUGAUUGGUCGAAAUUAAAGGAAGCUAAGGUUUGGAGUGACGCUGCCACACAAAUAUUUUUCUCAUUGGCGCUGUGUUCGGGCGGUCUGAUCGCUAUGGCAAGCUAUAACGCUUUCAAAAACAACUGUCACAGAGAUUCAAUACUAAUACCGUUGAUAAAUUGUGGUACAAGUUUCUACGGUGGGUUUGCCAUAUUUUCCGUCCUUGGGUACAUGGCAGCCAAUAAAAAUGUCCCGGUCAGUCAGGUGGCUGCCAGUGGUCCCGGGUUAGUAUUUGUAGUAUAUCCGGAAGGAUUGAGUACAAUGCCAGUCUCUACGCUAUGGAGUCUCCUCUUCUUUCUCAUGAUGCUGACACUAGGCUUAAGUUCCAUGUUUUCAAUGACGGAAAGCUUCUUCUGUGCGUUAAUGGACGAGUUUGGAGAAAUUUUCUUCAAAACUUCGCGAAGAGCUCUGACGACUAGAAUUGUCUUCACGUGCCUAUUUUAUCUCAUUGGACUCAGUAUGGUUACAAAUGGAGGUUUCUACUUGUUUAGUCUAAUCGAUGCAGCUUUAAGCGGGUUUCCAUUGCUGGUCGUCGGCGUCGUCGAAAUCUUUCUAUUGAUUUACGUUUAUGGAUUAAAGAGAUUUUCAGACGAUAUUGAGAUGAUGAUCGGUCAUAAACCAAACAUCUACUUCAAAACUACGUGGUCCUUUGUAUCUCCGGCGAUCAUCAUCUUUACAAUCGUAUUCAUGGGUGUGCAAUACAGACCUUUAACAUUAUUCUCCGACACCUACAUGUACCCCCCUCGAGCAGAAAUAAUCGUGUGGUCUAUAACGGGAAUAUGCAUUGCAUUCAUUCCUAUCAUGAGUCUAAUCUAUUUCUGCAGAAAUGGCGGAGCAAAAGUACGUGGCGAAUUGUUGAAAGAGUUAACCACGCCCAGCGACAAGUGGGGGCCGGCUCUGGAGGAGCACAGAUCGGGAAGGUAC